AUGCAAAUGGUCAAGGAUGUUCUAGCCAACAGUGAUAAAGUUUCAGAGGUCCUACAAGAGUCUACUCAUCAGUUCAACCUGCUUACUUCACCCACCUUCCUACCAAAGGUCAAGGAUCAAGGGAAAUUCACUCUCCCUUGCACACUUGGGCAUCUUGAGAUUGACAAUGCCUUAGUGGAUUCUGGAGCAAGCAUCAAUCUGAUCUCUCUCUCCAUGGCAGAGAAGCUAGGCAUUGCUGGAGCCUUGCAGCGCCCUACUACUUCAAUCAUGUUUGGAGAUGCAACUUCUAAGUCUCCUCUUGGAGUGUUCAAGAACUAUCACUUGAAAAUUGGAGAAUGCAUCAUCCAAACUGAUCUCACUGUGAUGGAAAUGGAAGAAGAGAAGGAUUUGCCUCUGUUAUUGGGAACCCCUUUCCUUAGUACAGUUGGCGCUUCAAUAGACUUUCACAAGCAAGAAGUGAUCCUUCACAAGGUGAAUAGUUUGGUGUCAUAUCGCUUGCAGCCUAGAGGUUCAGACUUUUGUGCCACAAUUGACAGUACCACUCUCAGUUCUAAGAGUCAUGGAGCUACAAAGGUUGUGAAGGAAAGGGUUGACAAGGAACCAAGAGUUGGGAAGGAUAAGGAUGAGAGAGGACCAAGGAUUGAGAAGCCACGUCUUGAGAGGGCUAGAGUUGAGAAACCACGAUCUGAUAGGCCAAGAGCUGAGAGACUUGUUCAAGCCCCUUGUGUGCUUGAUGAAGAGAGCCUUCAAGCUUUGUUUGAUGAGCCACUAGGAAGGGCUCUAAAAGAAGGGGAGGAUGUAGCCUCUAAGGCAAGACCAGGGAUAAAAGAAAGGAUCCACCAGCUCAGGCCCCUUCAGUCAAGCCAUCUCAGCUCACAAUGA